AUGCAGAUAAAACUGUUGAAACAGAAUGCAGACGAAACUGCCGGAAGAAAGGAGGCGCAGAUAGAAUGGCUGUUACCUGCAAAAGCGAUCCACAAACUCAAAUCUUCUUCAAAACUCUUUUCAGAGCUUCCAGAAACUCCAUACUUUGUAGCAAAACAAGCAGAAAACUCAUUGAAGAAAGAUCGUCCUUCAUGCUUCUUCAUUCAAAGAGAUGACAUUCUGAAUCACAACGACUGCGUCGAGUUGCAUCCUUUGCCGGGAGAGGAACUUUCCUCCUGUGUCCCUGAAAACAUGCUACGAUUCAUCGCAAGCUCGCGGCUCAUGAUUCUAAGCUCAAGCAACGGUUUACUCCUUUGUCUUCAUGGAACAGAAUUAUUUAUCACCAUUCCAGCAACUUGUUACCUUUUACAUAUUCCCCUCCCCAACCACUUGCAGCAGCGAGGGAAUCUUCAUAGUGUCUCCAUGACACUGGAAUACGACUCUGAGGAUUACAGGUUGAUUCUUUUUUACAAUGAAGAUUGGAGUUCACAUUUUGAUUGCCAUGUUUAUAGUCAUAAACAAAGUGUUUGGAGCUUAAGGAAUAACCGUUUCUUUGCUGGACUUAGGGAUUUGAAAUUUGGCAUGCCUGUGAUUUGCAAUGGCGCUAUUCACUUCAUCUCGGAUUGCUAUAGUUAUCUUGCUAAAGAUAGCACUCAUUUUAGGUAUUAUAUCAUGUCUUAUAAAAUCACGAAUGGCGAUGAAGAUGAACGUGUUGAAACCAAGUUGUUAAGGGUUCCUAAAGAUGCAAGAAGGGGCUCCCAUGAUGACAGUUGCGAUAUGAAUAUUUUCAAGUGGGGAGCAGUUGAUGGCCAUCAAACUAUUUUCUUAGUGAAAUUGAGAAAGCGUGUAUUUACGGUUUGGAUUCUAGCAAACUAUGAAUCGAGUUCGUGGAGAAGGAUUAUGAAGGUGAGAGUGAAAGGAAUGGGUUUAGUGGAACAGAACCCUGAGAUCAGACGCUUUACCAUUUUGAAUGGUGAUCUUGUUUUUGCUACGAACAAAAAGAUACUCUUCGUCUAUGUGGAAUUGGUGCAAAAAAUUUUGCGUCCUUAUCUACAAUUAAGGAAACAUGACCAAGUCGAAAAACAUGUUCUUGAUGUGGUUCAGGCACCAUGA